AUGUCCGAUACCAAAGCAUACAAAGACGCGUUUGCCCUUUUUGACAAGAAGGGGACCGGAAAAGUGUCCAGCGAACACUUGGGCGACCUGCUCAGGGCGGUUGGACAGAACCCUACGCUGCAGGAGAUUAGUGAGCUCCAGGAGUCUGUUCCGUCCGAACUGAACUACGAGCAGUUCCUCAAUGUGGUCAACAGAGAGGGCGGUUUUAAAAAGGCUGGCCAGCCAGAAGACUACAUCAAAGCGUUUCAGAUCUUCGAUAAGAACCUGACAGGAUUCAUUGGCGUCGGAGAACUCAAAUACAUCUUGACAUCUGUGGGCGAGAAAUUGAACGAGAACGAGGUUGACGAGCUGCUCAAGGGUGUCAAUGUCACUGACGAGCAGACCGUCGACUACGUUGAGUUCGUCAAGAGCAUCCUUGCUCAAUAG